GCGUGCGGAGGACCAAUACACGCCCCAAAGCCUCCAGCCGCAGCCAAUCCGAUGAGCGCGGAGGCGGACCCGCGGCCGCAUUCUCACACUCGGCUUCACUAUGCGCUCGUAAAACGGCUCCGUCUACUACAAGCGCGGCGGUGCAGGUGCUCUGUCUCUCCGGGAGAGGAUGCGGAUGGAAGGACGGGGGAGGGAAGGGAAUGAAGGAAAACGCCACGCGGAAAGAGAGCAGGACAUGAGAAGGGGCUCGUGCUGAAGAGACCGCGAGGCGCAAGGUCGAAUAUGAGAGAUUGGCUGAACGGGGCACUUUGCGUGGUAAUAGCUGGUCGGCAAUAGUACUAUGAUUUGGUAUGUGGCCACUCUGAUAGCAAGUGUAUUCAGCACCAGAGGAACGGCCGCUCAAGGUGCCCACGCAGUGAGAGAGGAGCCCCGGUUUGUGACGGCACGCGCCGGAGAGAGCGUGAUCCUGGGGUGUGACGUGUCCCCUCCCCUGGAUGGCCAGCAGCCCCCCUAUGUGGUGGAGUGGUUCAAGUUUGGAGUGCCUAUUCCCUUCUUCAUCAACUUCCGCUUCUACCCUCCCCAUGUGGAUCCAGAGUAUACUGGUAGAGCCUCUCUGCAUGGGAAGGCCUCCCUGCAGAUCGACCCGGUGCGCUCCGAGGACCAGGGCUGGUACGAGUGCCGGGUCCUGAUGCUGGAGCAACAGUACGACACCUUCCAUAACGGCAGCUGGGUGCACCUCACCGUCAACGCCCCACCUUCAUUUACAGCGACGCCGCCACAAUAUGUGGAGGCGAAGGAAGGGGGAAGCACUCUGCUUAGCUGCUCUGCCCAGGGAAAUCCGAAACCAAUGAUCAGCUGGCUGAGGGAGGGGGAGGAGCUCGCAACCAACGCGAAAUAUUCAGUCCAUGAUGGCAGUCUAACCAUCCUUGGCAUCACUAGAGAUGACAGAGGGGCGUACACAUGCCGAGCCUACAGUGACCAGGGAGAAGUGCUCCACACUACCCGGCUGUUGGUCCAAGGGCCUCCAUACAUCGUGUCGCCGCCAGAAAACGUCACUGUAAACAUUUCCCAGAACGCACUCUUCACCUGCCAGGCGGAGGCGUAUCCCGGCAACCUGACCUACACCUGGUUUUGGGAAGAGGAUAACGUCUACUUCAAGAAUGAUCUCAAGCUCCGAGUGCGCAUUCUCAUCGACGGCACCCUCAUCAUCUUCCGGGUCAAGCCGGAGGAUGCUGGGAAAUACACCUGCAGUCCGAGCAACAGCCUCGGCAUUUCGCCCUCAGCAUCUGCCUACCUGACUGUUCAGUACCCCGCCCGAGUGAUCAACAUGCCCCCGGUCAUCUACGUCCCACGGAAACUGCCAGGCAUCAUCCGCUGCCCGGUGGACGCCAACCCGCCUGUGACAUCAGUGAAGUGGGAGAAAGACGGCUAUCCUCUCCGAGUGGAGAAGUACCCCGGCUGGAGCCUGAUGCCAGAUGGAAGUAUCCGGGUGGCGGAGGCCACAGAAGACUCCCUGGGCACCUACACCUGUGUGCCUUACAACGCCCUGGGUACCAUGGGCAUGUCCCCCCCUGCCACUUUGGUGCUAAAGGAUCCCCCUUACUUUAAUGUGAGGCCUGGGGGGGAGUACCGUCAGGAGGCUGGGAGAGAGCUUGUAAUCCCCUGUGCUGCUUCUGGAGACCCUGAUAUACCAUCCAUCACCUGGAGAAAGGUGGGGAAGCCAAGCAGGAGUAAGCACAACAUCUUACCCAGUGGCAGCUUACAGUUUCUGUCCCUCAGCAAGGAAGACCAUGGAGAAUGGGAGUGUGUAGCCACCAACGUGGUCACAAGCAUCACUGCCAGCACGCGUAUCCUUGUCAUCGGCACCAGCCCACAUGCUCCUGGUAACAUCCAUGUUUUACCCUCAACAACCUCUGCUAAUGUGUCCUGGGAACCAGGUUACGAUGGCGGCUUCGAACAGACCUUCUCCGUGUGGUACGGUCCAGUGUCAAAGAGAGUAGACUUUGGUCCUCACGACUGGCACUCGAUGCCAGUUUCUGGUGCUCAGAUCUGGUUGGUGGUGCCGGGGCUGGAGCCUGCGACAGAGUACCAGUUCAGUGUGUUGGCACAAAACAAACUGGGCACGGGCCCAUUCAGCGAAGUUGUGACAGUCAACACUGCAGGCUCUCCUCUGGGUACCCCAGAACCACUGGUGCUUCUUACUCCACCACGGUGCCUCACAGCCAAUCGCACCCAGCACGGUGUCCUGCUCACGUGGCUCCCUCCGGCCAACCACUCCUCGCCCAUUGACCGAUACAUCAUGGAGUUCCGCCUCGGGGAGAGGUGGGAGGUGCUGGAUGACCUCAUCUCCUCCACGGAGACUGAGCUCAUAGCCAGGGACCUCGUUCAGGAGUCCUGGUAUGAGUUUCGAGUGAUGGCUGUCAUGGACGACCUGAUCAGUGAGAGCAGCAAUGUCGUCGGCGUAUCUAGCACUGAUCCCUUCCCCCCUGCGGAGUUGCCUGAUGAGGGGCUGGCGCGCCCUGUGGUGGCGGGUGUCGUGGCAACUAUCUGUUUUCUGGCAGCAGCAGUACUGUUCAGUACGCUAGCAGUUUGCUUUGUCAAUAAGCAACACCGUCGCAAACUCAAGCGCAAACCAGAUCCUCCCUUGUCGGUGACACACUUCAGGAAAAGCAUUGAGUCACCGCCUCCUCUCACCCCCUUGCCAGGGGUAGAGCCCUGCUGGGACGAGCCUGCCAGGAGCAGUUUCUUGCCCCCGCCCGCCAGCCCCCUGUUAUCAUCGGGGAAGAUAAGUCCAGAGAGCUCCCCUCCAUCUCGGCCACGCUCUCUUUCUUCUGAGGGGUCCCACGGUCCAGGCCUGUACGUCAGGAAGCUGCCCAGCCCUCUGAGAGAAAAAGACAAAGAGCUCUCCUUCUACAAGAAAACCAAGCGUGCCAUAGCCAGCAAGAAAUACAGUGUGUCCAAGUAUGAAGCAGAGGUCACAACGCCUAUUGAGCUGAUCAGCCGUGGCCCUGAUGGCCGCUUCGUCAUGGAGUGCAGCCCACCGCCCCGUCGCAUCCAGGGCUUCCCCUUCGCAGAGGAGUCUGAUAUGUACCCUGAGUUCCGGCAGUCUGAUGAGGAGAAUGAUUUUGACCCAGGGCCUCUGCCACCCAUCAUGCCCACGCUGCGGCGCCAACUCUCCCCAACGUCCUCCAGCCAGGAGUCAACACAGCCACCCACCUACAGCCCCCGCCUACACAGGGCCAUGGAAGGUAUGAGCUUUGCAGAGGGCAGUGCACUUCACGCCUCAGGGCAAGCCCCGUCCUCCCGCUACAGGGGCUUUCCCCAGGGCCCAUUCUAUGGGUAUAUGGGCAGCCGUGGUGAAUCAGGGAUUCCACCACCAUUCUACAUGCCUGACAUCAGCCCGCGUAGCUCCGCUCUGUCCUCUCCCCCGGGCACCGCCGAGGGGCCCUUUGGUUACCCCUCCAUCCCCGAGGAAAGUGGCGAGAUGGAGCACCAUCAGUACACUGCCUCUGGCCAUUCUCUGUCUCACACGCACAGCCCUCCUCGCUCGCCUGAAAGCUGGCAGCCUCAUGAGCUACCCUUCCUAGGUCUGCAAGGUCCACGGUUCAUAUACCCACCUCACCAUCCCUUGCGUCAUCAGGACCUCCCUGACCCACCCCCAUACCCUCCUCACUCUCUCCCCCCCAGUCGCCUGCACCUCUCAUCACUAAAGGAUCCGACAAGCCCUGGACUCCUUCAGCUGGAGGUCCCUGUGGCUCCCCCAGGCAGAGACAGGCCCCCGGUGCAUCCAGUUAGGCGUUUAGCUAUGCAACAGGCCCAAAGUCUCGGCCAGCUCAGACACACGGCCCACGGUGUGGGUGUACCAGUGUUGCCUUACCCUGACCCGGCAGCCCGUGCAGGGAGCCCAAGCACAGCCCCCAGUAGUAGUCCUCAGUCCUGGCUCAGCCCGAGGGCAGGGCGCCGGGCAGACCCCAGCCUACCGCCACUAGUACUCCAGCCCUCUCGCCUCUCUCCGCUCUCCCAAAGCCCCCUUAGCACCCAGCCAGGUUCUCCAGAUAUUUUAGUACGGCCCCCUCCGCGCCCCAGCAUCCUCCGCACCUCUCGGUCUCUGGAGAUGCCUGAGAUCACCCUGCAGCCCUCAGCCACUGUCAGUUUCUCCCGGAGGUCCUCCCUGUCCGCCUCUUCCACUCAGAGCCAGGGCACCACGCAACCCAGCCCCAGUUACCACGCCCACAUGUCGUAUGCCUCCACUGCAGCCAGUUACCCCUCCCAGUCCCCCUCUCCCCCUCCGGAAGGCAGGGAUGUUUUCGGGCAGAGGCCAUCCCAGAGAAGGACAGAGGAGGAGAUGCUACCCUCAGAGCCCUCCCAGCUCCAGAUAUCAGCCUCAGGGGAACCUCUAGGUGCGUCUAGUGAUCCUGCCGGGUCUGAGAGCUUACCAGCACUGCUGCACCACUGUAUUACUAAAGCCAAGGGAGUGGCUGCCAACAACAAUAACAACACAGCCCCGGCACGGAGAACAGGUGUGUCUCCCUCUCAGACCCAGCAGCAAUCCCAGACACCCCAGGAUAAAGAGGAUCUCAACCUCCGCAGGACGAGGAAAAGGCAAAGCAAGAAGAACCCCUAUCUCUAUUUGACCUCCUUCCUGCACCGCAGGCAGUCUGCGGAGGACCAGACAGGCAUCCUGGCCAGUGCAGACUCUGAGGGCCAAAAUUAUGGGACUUUACGCUGACCUGUGUGCCCGCCAAGCCAUUGGACUCGACUAAACCGACCACUACAUGCACACACACACACACACACACACACACACACACACAGACACACACACACCCUCCCUGCUCCAUGCCAGUCUCUCUAUCAAGCUAAUACAUUUUCCUGUCAUCCUUUAGAAGUUCAUUGGUGUUUGGGGAGCGGGAAACAUAAAGCCUCCAAGGGUUGGAAGAUCUUAUAAGUAGAAGAGAACAAUGGCUGUCACCGAGACUUGUCUCUGCGGAAUUUCACUUGAAAAUGCUCUGAAAAUAUAUAAUGUAUAUAAAUAGUAAAACAAGGGAUUUUAGCUUCCUCCUACAGUAAUAAAAAAUGUGUUGGUUGAGUAUGCUGCGACACAUAAGAUUUUUCACUCACUGGUCAUCGAGGGGUCCAUAUCUUUAGGUUUUUCAGUGAAACACCGUACUGUUAAGCCCGGUGCAUCUUUGGACAGGGACAUGAGUCUACCUUUCCUACAAUACAAAUAGUGUCAGUAUUAAAACACAGGGUUUUUAACCACAAAAUAUACCUCAGAGUAAAUGCAGAAUUGCUGUAAUUCUUGUGGUAUACUGUACGUACUUGACCUUUUUACAUAUGAAACAUAUGGAUAAAAAGGUUUAUAUCACACACCAUGCUCAUUCGAAUGGAUAAUAUGGCCUAACUUGAUCUAAUUUGGAAGCUUUUUUUUACUAUCAGUAAUAGCUGGCAUAUUGUGUUUGUUUUGAUUUAUGAUCCAGUGCCAACCAUUAGGGAACGCUGUCUUUAUUUGCUCGACGGCUCAGUGUGUUUACGGUCAUCACGACACCACUGCAGUAAGACAAAGAUCACAGCCUUCAUGAGAUCUCUCAAAAAUAAUUUGGGACUAACACGCUCAACGGAGGUUGGAUUUGUGGGAUUAGAGGAACAGGGUGAUGAAUUGUGAAGUGUACUGUAAUAUGUAUUUCAUCAUUGAGGAAUCAUUCGUGAAAUGUGGCACGUUUUGCUGUGCCUUUUUUCUCGCUCAUUUUUUUCUAACAUUAACUGCCUUCAUCUUUUCGUAUUUGUUUCUGCGGGGGGAGUGAGAGACUCCAAUAUCCUGCGUGUUUUUACUUUCUUUGCCAAGGACAAAAUGCUACAGAGGAUGCAUUAUUCAUUUUCACUUGUUUUUUUACACUUAUAUCCUAAAUGGGUAACUGAUUCAACUGUGUAUAUCGUAAGUAGUAGGACAGAAACAGAAUAACUAUAAAAAUGAAAAAAUACAGAAGUUUGGAUUCGUAAAAAAAAGGCAAAUAAGUCAAACUUCAGUGGGAAAGAACAGGCGUUUUCAUGCGGAAACAACAAGGAUGUUAAUGUUUAACAGCAAAUGUUAGAUGAGAAUGGGAUUGCUUCAUAAACCUGUUAACAAGCAAUGGGGAAUAUUCAAACAAUGGCCACCCUGACUGUUUAUCUUUAACAACUGUAUAUUACCUGCUAGCUACAUCUCUGUGUGUUUC